CUCAGCUGUGAGCGACGGGGGCUCAGCCAAUGGCAGAGGGGCGUGCCGCGGAAGGAACCAAUAGGCGCUGGGGAGGGGGCGGUGCCGAGAGAGGAUUGUUUAUGUCCCGGGAGCGGAAACUUACCUCUCUCGGAACAGCAUGGCGCGACGCACGCGGAGCAGCAGGGCCUGGCACUUCGUCCUGAGCGGGGUGCGGCGGGAGGUGGACACCCGGGCGGUCGCCUUGGCCACCGGGGCACGCGGCUGGGGCUACGACUCCGACGGGCAGCACAGCGACUCGGAUUCGGAGCCGGAGUUCUCCUCCCUCUCGCCCUCCAUCCCCAGCGCCAUCCCCGUCACCGGAGAGUCCUACUGCAACUGUGAGAACCAGAGCGAGGCGCCCUACUGCUCCAGCCUGCACGCCCUGCACCGCGUCAAGGACUGCCAGUGUGGCGAGGAGGACGAGUAUUUCGACUGGGUGUGGGACGACCUGAAUAAGUCAACAGCCACCCUGCUGACCUGUGACAACCGCAAGGUGAACUUCCACAUGGAGUACAGCUGUGGCACCGCCGCCAUCCGGGGCAACAAAGAGCUGGCAGAUGGGCAGCACUUCUGGGAGAUCAAGAUGACCUCCCCAGUCUAUGGCACAGACAUGAUGGUGGGAAUUGGGACGUCGGAUGUGAACCUGGACAAGUACCGCCACACCUUCUGCAGCCUGCUGGGCAAGGACGAGGACAGCUGGGGACUGUCCUACACGGGACUUCUGCAUCACAAGGGAGACAAAACAAACUUCUCCUCGAGGUUUGGCCAGGGCUCCAUCAUUGGGGUGCAUUUGGACACGUGGCAUGGGACGCUCACGUUCUUCAAGAACCGCAAGUGCAUAGGCGUCGCCGCUACCAAGCUGCAGAACAAGAAGUUUUACCCCAUGGUGUGCUCCACGGCCGCCAAGAGCAGCAUGAAGGUGAUCCGCUCCUGCGCCAGCUGCACCUCCCUCCAGUACCUCUGCUGCUACCGCCUGCGCCAGCUCCUGCCCGACUACGUGGACACGCUGGAGGUGCUGCCGUUGCCACCGGGACUCAAGCAGGUGCUGCACAACAAACUGGGGUGGGUCUUGAGCAUGAACUAUAGCACGUCGAAGCCUUCCUCCUCCUCCUCCUCCUCCUCGGGAAGCGACUCAGAUAGCUCCUGUGGCUCGGACGCAGAGGCCUGCCAAAGGAAGAGGUGCAGGAGGACAUAAUGGCUCUGCAGACAAACUGUGGGGAGGGAGGGAGUGAGGUGGGUUUUGUUCUGCCAUCAGCGAGGGCCGGCCUGGCCCGAGGCACCUCUUUCUUCACGGGGACUUCCAUUUCUACCCGUCUGCAAAGAUCUCUCUUGUGCUGGUGGAAACCUUCAGCUUAAACAUCCAUCACGUGCAUCGAAGAGCCCUGUCAACUCCCAAGAGGUCCCAGCUCCACGAAGCUGCAGCCAAAUAGCGGCGCUUCAUCUCCUGACUUCCUCCCAAAGCCGUCGCCUCUUCCUCAAGGACCCCUUUUCUCUGCAGAGACAAGAUUUCAGGUGGCCUCCUGGUUUCAAAGCGUGUACUGUCACAGAACGGACUCAACUUAUUGAGAGACACAGUUGAAGAGUGUCCCCUCCUCCCCACUGGUGUGUGUUGGUCUCAUGGUGUCUGCCGUGAGACUCCUGGUGCUGUGGGGAAACAGGCUCCUGGGGCUGCACCUGCAUCAUGUUGCUGCUGUGACAGAGCAGUUACACCAGUCGAGCCGUCGGUGACCUUUUCUUGAGCCCCCGAUGACUUUAGUUGCUUUGCAUGUUGGCUCCUGCUGCUUCUCCUGUAUCGAGGACUGUAUUAAACUGUAAUGGUAAGAGCAGAAA